CCCCGCAGCUCGAGCCACGUUUCCGACAGGCCCUGGGAGGCGUCAGUGUGCUGUCCUCCUCAAGCAGAGCGAGCGGGCUCUGAGAAAGGCCAGUGGCUGAAGCAGAGGCGGGGCUGCGUUUCGCACAGAGGAGAGCGGAGGAAGGGAGCGCCUUUCACAAGGCCGCCUCUAGCCCAGCAGCCACACGCGGACAUUCACUUCUCCUUCUUCUUCUUCUUCUUCGUGCAGGGGGCUGGAGAGUGGACUGCCAUCCCACAAAGAGCCCCGCAAAAUGCCACUGAGGGCAGGAAGGGAGCAGCAAAGGGCACAGCUGAAAGGUCUCUGAAGAGCAUCAUGUCUUCCUCCAAUGGGUCUGCCAUUCCUCCAGUGUUCCUCUUGACAGGCUUCCCUGGGCUGGAACAUUCCCACAUCUGGAUCUCCAUCCCCAUCUGCUCCAUGUACCUCACAGCCAUCGCAGGCAACUGUACCAUCCUCUUCAUCAUCAAGACAGACCAAACCCUCCAUGAGCCCAUGUACUACUUCCUCUCCAUGCUGGCGCUCUCUGACCUGGGCUUGUCCUCUACCACUUUGCCCACCAUACUGAGUGUCCUUUGGUUCAACCAUCGUGUGAUUGACUUCAAUGCCUGCCUGGUCCAAAUGUACUUCAUCCACACCUUCUCCAUCAUUGAGUCUGGCCUUCUCCUCUCCAUGGCCUUUGACCGCUUGGUGGCCAUCCGGAACCCUCUAAGGUACACAACUAUCUUGACCAAUGACACCAUCAUCAAGAUUGGGGUGGGGGUUACCCUCAGGGCUGCCCUCCUUGUAUUCCCAGCUUCCUUCUUCCUGAAGAGGCUGCAAUAUGGAGGCAUAAAUGUGCUCUCAUAUUCAUUCUGCUUGCACCAGGAUAUUCUGAAGGUGGUGUGUUCAGACAGGAGAAUGAGCAGCAUCUAUGGCUUGAUGGUGGUCAUCUCUUCCAUGGCUCUUGACUCUGUGUUGCUCGUUUUUUCUUACAUCAUGAUCCUCAAAACUGUGCUGAGCAUUGCCUCCAGGGUAGAGCGUCUCCGGGCCCUGAACACGUGCAUUUCCCACAUCUGUGCUGUCCUCACCUUCUACAUCCCAAUGAUUGGCCUCUCCAUGAUCCACCGAUAUGGGAAAAAUGCUCCCCCUGUGGUUCACAUCCUCAUGGCUAACGUCUACCUUCUGGUGCCUCCUCUGAUGAACCCCAUCGUAUACAGUGUAAAAACCAAGCAAAUUCGAACAAGGAUAGUUAGAAGGUUCUUGAGGGGUAAAGAUUCCAGUGGAACCUCUUAGAAUCUGCAUGCCGAGGAACAGAAGACUGAGAACUGGCUAUGUACUGUUCCGGUCAUCCCAUAAAGCACCAUAUCUGGAACAACACAAAUGGGGGGAGAGAGGUUGCUCUGUUGUUCUUAUUCUUACAGCCUGAUUGCACAUUAGUGCAUAAUUAGAGCAUAACUGGUCUUGGAGUGAAGUGCUUGUUAAGACUCACGAGAGGUUCAUGUAGAAAUCUGAGCUUUGACUUUUGGAAGUGGCUGUGUCAGUUGUAAAAUAUCUUGCAGAUAUUAGGCUGGCCACCUCCAGCUGAAAAGGCAAGAUGCCUCUCAAUACCAGUAGCAGGGAGGGCAUGCCCCUCUCACCACUCGCCUGUGGGCUUCCCAGAGGCAUCUGGACUGGCCACUGUGGGAAACAGGAUGCUGGACUAGAUAGACUUUCUUGGGCCUGAUCCAGCAGGGCUGUUCUUAUGUACUAUAGAACUGAACAACAAACAGAUUCUAUCUUCAUAACCAAUAUUUGUUUGUUUAAUUACUGUGGGUGAGGGCAGGACUCAAGAGAUGGUUUAGAUCUGCCUGUUCUGUAUGGUGUUACUCCCCCUGAAAGAUCAGGUACAUAGCUUGGGGGUGCUCCUGGAGCCCAAGCUCUCCCUGGUUUCUCAGGUUGAGGUGGUGGCCAGGAGUGCUUUUUAUCAGCUUUGGCUGAUACAUCAGCUACGUCCAUUUCUAAAGGUGAAUGACCUUAAAACAGUGGUACACAUGCUGGUAACCUCAGGCUUGACUACUGUAAUGUGCUCUAUGUGGGGCUGCCUUCAUACGUAGUACAUAAAUGACAAUUGGUACAGAAUGCAGCAGCCAGACUGGUCUCUGGGACAACACACGAAGGGACCGUAUAACACCAGUUCUAAACUGCACUGGCUGCCGAUAUGUUUCUGGAUUAAAUACAAAGUACUGGUAAUCCUCUAUAAUAAAGAGCUAAACUGUGCGCCCGUGUCUCUGCGCCCGUGUCUUUCUCGGCUGUUCUGGGCAUGCGCAAAGCGCAUGCCCAGAUCUACCGAGAAAGAUACGGCCACAGGGACACGGCGGCCAUGUUGAGACCGGGAGGAGGAGAAGGCCUGGCGAGCGGAGGAGGGGAAAGCCGGGCGAGCAGAGUAGGAAAAGGCCGGGUGAGAGGAGGAGGGAAAGGAUGGGUGAGCGGAGGAGGAGAAGGCCGGAUGAGCGGAGGAGGAGAAGGCCGGAUGAGCGGGGGGAAGGCCCUCCGGGGCCUUGGCUGGCUGGCUGUUGGUAGGCAGGUAGGUGAGCCAGGCCGGGCCCCCUCAGCAGCCGUGGGUUGGAAGGCAGCGGCAGCGGCGGGUGCCAGGAUUGCCUUACCCGCUGAUUGGCAAGGACCUGCCGGUAGCGCUCUUCUUCCGGAGGAAGCGAGUGCAUGGCUAACAUGCUCCGGCAGCUUCUGCUCUUCCUUCGCCGCCUUCCCUGGGGUGCGUGCGCCGCCUGGCUGCAAACACGCCGUCACAGCUGUGUAGUGCCCCCACGGCUGGCUGGCAGGCGCCUUCCGAGUGGGGGUGGCUCGGCAUUUUGUCCGCUCAGUCAGCAGCCCACACCCAACCCCUCCCCAGAAUCACAAUCCUCGAAACUCCAGGAGAAAGGCACAUCUUGGCCCCGCCCCCUCCAGCGGACCUUGCCAAAGGCAACCGGGAGAGGAAGGAUGGCAAGGGGCGCGCAGAGCAGGAGGAGCCCGGAUCGCCACCUUCCAUCUUCUCCCCGCCCGCUCCCUCCAUAAGAGACCUCGCUAUGUCAAGGCGGCGGCAGCAGCAGGCAGCCGAGGGAAAGCAGGGGGCUGCUGCCACGGACCACGUGCCCAUCCUCUGCCCUCUCUUUCCCGCAUACCUGUCUGUCCUGGGACUCCUUCGCCACCUUCCCCCUCAACACGCCCUCGCAGCCGCAAAGCGGAAACUCCAGCCAGGCGCCCUCCUUGCCUGCCAGGCACUGUCUCUCUGGCGGCCCCGUAGCUACCCUAAGGAAAGGGCAGAUUCUUUCCCGAUAACCUCCUUACUCUGUCUUCCCGCCCUCUCCUUAUGAAACACGAUUAAGCCCUACUUAGUACCAGUUCGAUGUAGCAAGGCUUAUACAAAACUUAUAUAAAAGAAGGCUCCUCUCUUGCGGGGGAAGGCUCCUCUCUGGUGAAUCCCAGGAAGGGGGGUUGAAAACUCAACUAGCGCCCGUUAAUUUGAAAGAGAGAGAAGGAAGGAAGGAAAGAGGGAAAGAGAAAGAAAAAAGAAAGAAGGGAGGGAGAAGAGGGGGAAGGAAGGAAGAAAAGGAGAGAGAGGAAGAGAGAAGGAAGGAAGGAAAGAGGGAGAGAGAGAAAGAAAAAAGAAGGAAGGAAAGGAGGGCGAGAGGGAGGGAGAAAGAAGGAAAGAAUGGAGAGAGAGGGAGAGAGAGAGAGAAGGAAGGAAGGAAGGAAGGAAGGAAGGAAGGAAGGAAGGAAGGAAGGAAGGAAAGAGGGAAAGAGAAAGAAGAAAGAAAGGAGGGAGGGAGAAGAGGGGGAAGGAAGGAAGGAAAGAAAGAAAGAAAGAAAGAAAGAAAGAAAGAAAGAAAGAAAGAAAGAAAGAAGGAAAGAAGGAAAGAAAGAAAGGCUACUAGCGCCCAUUAAUUUAACGGGCUGAAAAAUACUAGUUACCUAUAAAGCCCUUAACGACUGGAUCCACACUAUUUGGGAGAGUGCCUCCUUUGUCAUGAACCCUCCUGCCUUUUAUGAUCUUCUGGAGAAGUCUGGUUACGGUUGCCAGCGGCUUGUUUGGUGGCAACCCAGGACUGGGCUUUCUCUGUGGCUGUCCAGGGCUUUGGAAUAUGCUCCCUGCUGAAAUGAGAGCAUCUUCUUCUCUGUUUUCAGGAAGAACCUCAAGACUCUCCUGUUUUCUCAGGCUUUUAAUUAGAAUUAAUUUUAAUCCUGCCUUUGAGGCUGGAGGUGGCCCACAGAUGGAGACACUCUGAUUUUAAUAGGAGUGUAUUCCAGAAUGCCCAGUCCUGAAUUGCCACCAAAUGAGCCGGUGGUGACCAUGAUAUUAAUAGGCAGCCAGUGUUCAUGACAAAGGAGGCACUCUCUUAACUACCCUGGACCCAAGCCAUUAAGCAGAGGCAUAUCUAGAGUAGGGCAGUCAGGGCACAUGCCUUGGUGUCAUGGGCAUCCUGGAAGACUCUGAGGAGGAGUUGGAGUAGGGGAUGGAGCUGACAGCAGAGGAGGGAGGGCAAGGACCAGAAGUUGCAAAGGAGAGUGGGUCCGAUGCACAGGGAGUCAAAGACGGGUGAGGCAGCUCUUGUGGAGGAGGCACAACCAGUUUCAGCUGUGGAGAGGCAUCGGUCCAAGAGACAGCAAGAGUUAAGGAGCUGCAUGCGUAGAACAACAGGAAAAGCUGCUGACUCAGGAACUCAUGAUUAACAGCACUGGGGGGUCAGCCUAUUUAAGACGACAGUACCACAGGUACCCUGCUGAUAGCAACAUCAAUUUCUUGUGAGCUAAUCGGCUGUGUUCGUGUAUUGCCUUGACUGUGUUUGGACCCUGGACUGUGUUGACCUUGCCUGUGGAUUUCGCUUUGGACUCUGUCAGAUUGAUUGGAUUGACUCGGACUGGCCCUGGUUUGGAGAAUUCCUUUCUGUAAGACUUUGCUGUUAUACUUAUGCCUGCCUGUUUUACGCUCUGUCUGGCUAGCCUGAUAGAUUUACGACACCUAGGUGCCACUUGAAGGGGGGCACUAGUGCGAUGCUGCUUCCCACCCCCUCCUCAGUUCACAUAAUUUUUUUAAAUUAAAAUUUUUAAAAACCUGUA